CACGUAUAUACGCAAUCAAAUUUAUCUUUAAUCAUAAUAUUCUUUGAUUGUAAGAAAAAUAGUUUUCAGUUAAGUUUAUAAGGUUGUAAUAUUCCAGUUGGUAGAGAAUUCAAGUUCUGGCCCCUCACUACCUUUUAUGAAUUGUUUCUCCAAAUCUCGCUUUUCAUUCGUCGAUUAUACGGCGUCACCCAUAAUAGUCAAUUACCAUAAGCUGUGUAGAAUGAGUCAAUUACAUCACUGAAUAGAAAUAUUUAUCGAUUGCAUUUGUUGUAAUAUAGUUCCCCAGCUAUACAUAAUAAAGGAUUUAAUAACUAGUACUACACAUUGAGGUAACUAAUUUUCGCAAUUAUCCUAACAACUUGUUUGCAAAUUGAAAUGUUUUCACUCAAAAAAGAUUCUGUCAAAUCUUUUAAUAAUAAACCUUUGUUUGUAUCUCCUACUAGCUAGAAAUAAUUAUUUAACAACUGCUGAAAUGUACAGUCUGUACAUUUUUCAAAUCACAUUUCUCAGGUAUUUAAUACUGAAGUACAACAAAUUGAUGACUUAAAAUUAACUUAGAAGUUUAAAUAUAUUAUUUAAUGGUUUAUAAUUUUGUCGUGCAAACCAGGCAUCAUAGUUUAGAAGUUAUAAUAAGCAACGAAUUGGAGUUUAGACCUACAAUAUGUUUCCAAAUACCCUCAAAGUUUUAAUAUAAGCGGGGUUCGCAUUCUAUUUUAGAUAAGAAUGCAAAGCAUUCGUUGGAUAUGACUUGGAAGGGACCAAUGUGACCUUUUUUAAAAGAACAUUUAAACUGACAGAUGCGUUAUUCAAUGAUUUAUGAAAGAUAAAUUGCCGUUUUCAGCCAUAUUAAUGUGUGUCUGCCAGUGUUCUUGGUCUUGUGACUAUGGUUAUAUUGAGCACACAAAGCGUGCCGUUUCCUGAAGUGAGAUUUAUCUAAUACAGCUUUAUUAUUUGGCAGUGCUUGAAAGAAUCAUGCUUCUUAACUGAUGUCAGUUCAAAAAGUCAUGAAAUUUUCAAUUGUUAGAGAUAUUUGUUUAAGUUGCUUCGGAUAAUGGAAGUCAUAAUUCUGUUUGGAGAAUAAGACGUUGAGUAUAGUCAUAUGAACUUUUAUCGAUAAAUCUUUUCUUGAUAUUAAGCUUAUUCUAUUAAUCAAAAGGAAAUAAAGUUCAUCCAAAGUCGUUGUUAGCCGAAUGUGAUAAAUAUCCAGUCUACAGUAUAGAACUAUAAACUAUUUGUCGAAACCUCUUCACUUCAUUCAUCAUUAUUCCACUAUAUUCUUUAGAAAAGCGUGGUUAUUUUAUUUAUGGUUGUGACUUAGUAUAGCUAUUUUAUAUAGUCUCAUUGUAGUUAAUAUUUUGUUAAAUAACAAAAUAUCUUGCAAGUCCAUGAUCAAAAGAAGCGAUAAAUUGACUAUUGCGAGAACAGGCUCUACUUUCUCAUUGUAGAGAUUAUGUGACCGUUUCAUCUAAUGUGAUGACCGAUGUCCACAAAAACUGGACAGUAUAUUAGGCUUAGAGGCACAUUUCUCAGAAUAUUUGACUGGAUUUUGUAAAUGAUGCCAAAGGAUGAAUUUGAAGCUGAAUGUCCCUAAUCUAUUGCAUGUUACAGAAUAGAUGAUAUGACUAACCUGUUGCUGAAUCAUGCUUAUGGUUGUUUAUGAAUAGGAUUAAAAAAAGGUAUCGACAAAGGAUUUAUGUACCAGAAGAGCAGGUAAGCUGGCAUAUAUACACAUCAAAUUGGUCUGUCACGGGAUUCUAUCUUUCACUUGGUGGUAUAUAAGAGGGUAACUACAAUAGAUUUAACUAAUAUUUACUGUAAUAAACGUUCUAAAUGCCCCAUUCAUGACAAGAUCAUCUAUCCUGAUAUCAUACUAAAAUUGUGCUGAUAUUAAAAUCCCAUUAAGUUUAUUCAUUGUACUGUUUUUACUGUAAAUCAACUUCUUUAUUUCGAAUGUAUCAAUAGUUAUUAUUGAAAAUGUAAUAUAUUAUGCAUUUAUCUUAUUAUAAUUAAGGUUUUUUGAACAUUUAAAAAAAAUAAUGGAUGGCGUAUGAAUAUAUUUGCUAUUGAAAAUAUGAUUGGUUCGACGUUUAUAAUAGUCAUUAGGUGGUUUUUCAUUCAAGUCAAGAUGUCUCAAAGAGUAGGUAGUUUUUUCCUUAUGUUUAAUAUUGGGAUCAUUGAUAUGGUACUGGUAAAUUUUCAGUUCAAAAUGCUGUACUUAUUCUAACCAGGUUUUACUGACUGAUUUGGUUUAAUACCCCCAAAUUAGUGUAAUUCCAUACAGUUUCUAUUCGUGAGUUUAAUAGUUUCGUUCACUUCUAUUCUGUAGUAUUAGUUAUAAUGUAUGAUCACUUUGAAAAAAAGGGGUCAAAUAGACUAGAAAUAUAUUUUACUGAACUACAUUCAAAUAUGAAUGAUAGACAUGCCUUCUCAAGAUACUCUACAAAUUUUUACAUUUUCUUUAAACUGAUCGUCUUUUUCUUUAUGCUUUUGAACUUAGUAUCUGGGAUUAGUAGAAUAUCUGCUAGUAUAUUCCUCUUUUUCUGCCUUCUUUUGUGAAGUUAAUGAAGGGUUUUCGAUUAAUAAGGCGGUAAGUUUUUUUUAUUGACUAGCAAUCAACUCUGGGGUUCUUAUAUUUUGCUUUUUUCUGCCUUUAAAUCAAACAGUUUUCAGCUUCAAUAGUUGUGUAAUAUCAUUCAGGUGUCAUAUUAACCGUUUCUGUGUACCAUCAAGACAAUUUUAGUUUGCUUGCCUGUCUGAACUUUCAUAUCUUGUGUAUGAAUUACUUGUGUUAUUGUUAUCAUUAUGUAUUCCGUACUUAGUACUAUAAUCAUAUGCCAGUUAUUUCAAUAAACGUAAGUAGUUUCGUUGAGCAUAGGCUCACUGGUUCGAACGUUUGACAUUCAGCCACUAUGUUACCCCAUCGGAUUCUAAACUAUUUCCUCUUGGAAAACCAUAUAAUGUCACUAACUCACACGUAGAGUGUGCCUCGAAGCCAAGGACAUGAAGCUGUACUAUAAUAUUCUUUAUUGAUUUCAGUGAUCAACCAAUUCCGUUAACUGGAUCAUUCGUUUUUAUUGUUCUUUUUAUUUCAGCUCAACGGAUAUAUCAUCGUCCACCGGUAGUCAUGUUGUUCAUUCAUUAAAACCAAAUGUAGAUAGUAAUUUAACAAAAACUGUAUUGUUAGAUGAAAAUUUGGAAGUUCACUUACAUUCAAAUGUUUUACCUGAUUCGUCUCCAGAUUGUACAGCGACAACGACACCAUCUACCAUUUUGAUUAAUCCUUCGAGAAUCAACACUUUAUCGUUAGCUACAUCCAGUAAACCAGUCAACUCUGUUAUGGGUAAUCAACAUGAUACUCAUGUUCCUGUUUUUAAUGAUUCAUUUAAACCACCAAUGAAUGUCAAUGUUGAUAAAACAAGGAACGUUUCCGAUCAUAUGCCUCCGUGUUUAUCAUCAUCAAAAAUGAAAAUCGAUUCAUCACCGCCAACAUCUACACUUGCAACUGAUAGCAACGAUCAAAUUCCUAAUAAAGUUACUGAACCAAUCCGUUUACCCAUUUCUAUACCAAAUACUAGAAAUUCCACAUCUAUUUCUCUUGCUCCUGUUCCUCAUUCUUCUUCCCUGAUAACACCUGCUUUAUCGGAAAAUCCCCAAAUUAGACAACGUCAUAUUACUACGACUACUACUUCUACUACCACUAUCACCGAUAAUAACAAUAAUAUACCAGGUGCUACUGGUUCAAAGGUGUCUAGAUCAAAAUCACAUCGUUUAUCAGUAGUUAAAAAAUCUCAUCCAUGGAUGCGUUACACAUUUUGUUCACUGACAGUAUUUUUGAUUUAUUGGCUUUUUAAUGGUUUUCUAUUGGGUCUAACUGUUGGUUGUAUACUAACAUAUACAUUCAUUACAGUGUAUAAUUAUUUGCAUAGUCGUACAAACUAUUCUAAUCAAAUUCUCUGUCCAAUAUCAGGAUUGCCAUUAGAUCACUUGUGCUGUUCACUGCAUUAUCGACAAGAACAAGAGGGCCAGUACCAAGGUUCACAAUGGUGGCCAAUUUAUUCACCAGCUAUGCCAAAUUUAACUUCUAUUUUAACUAACAACGCGAACAGUACUAAUAAAUGUAUGCAGUUAAGAAAUUUGCCUAAUUUCACUGUACCAAAUAUGCUUGAAGAAGAUGUUAACAAGUCAACUAUCUCAGGUCCAUUGGGAAAUAGUUUAGGUUUUAAAUAUGACAAUAACGGACGGCCUGUAUACAAAGGGUGGUUAAAUGAGAUUAUUCAUUAUGAUCCCGAAACUCAUCAUAUUGGCAAAACAUUUUCCGUCUUCCUCACUCUUGAUGGUACACAAUUACGCCUACAGCGCCCAGAACAUAAUAUUACUCGUAGAUCUUUAUGGAAUGAUGAAAUCCCAUCAACUACAACUAUACGAUUCAAACAGCAGCAUAUUUAUGAUUUAACUAAUGCAACCGUUACACUUCUUCCAUGUGGUUUAGUCGGCAAACGUCUAUGGAGUAGGAAAUAUCCUAUUUGUAUUACCGUCCCCACUGAAAGUAGAUUCAAGCGUAAAAAUGAAAGACUUGAUUCACUACCAUCAUCGACAAGCUUUCCAAAUAUCAUAUUAUCUACCAGCUCUAAUAUACCAGUGAAUGAAACGUCUGACUUGUCAGUGGAUACAUCUAUUCCAUCAGCUGGAGAUAUGGAGUUCUCCGAUGAUACUACUAUCAAUGUGUUGCAAGCUUCAAGCAAAUCAAACGCGAAAAAUUUAUAUUUAUUCGGAAGAACAUGUCGCGAAAAAGAAACAUGGUACCGUCGACUGAAAGCUGCCUCAUUGGGCACACCUCUUAUAUGGACACCUCAGAUGGCUGUGCAACAUUAUCUUUUGGCUUCAGAUAAUAAUACUAGUAAUAAUAACGUUGGUUUACCGGACUACUUAAUUGGUACUGCCACAGCAACUUCUAAUACCAAUUCCAAUCACAAUGACAGCACGUUGAGUGAUGAUGAGAGUCAACCUGAUGGAAAUACAUCAUCAAAUCCGGUAACUUGUUGUGAUUCAACUGCCAGUACAGCUAAUACUGAUGUUGCUACCACUAGUAUUAAUAGUAACAAUAGUAAUAAUAUUCCCACUGGUUUAAGCAGUACAACCAAUACUAAUAACACUCAUUCAUCCAGUAUAAAUCUUUCAAAUUCUGGCGUUCCAAUACCUGGGCAUCGCGAACCAGUCUAUGUUUCGUAUGUCCGAUAUAUGGCUAAAUUUAUGCCCGCCAAUUGGCUUGUACGAAGUGCACAAGCAUUAAAAUUAAAUGUUAAUCAAAUUAGUUGUGAUACAAAUAUGAUAUGGCUUAAUGCAUUAACUGGUCGUUUGCUAUGGGAUUUUCUUCGUGAACCUUAUUGGUUAGAAAAGAUAAAAAAUAAGAUUCAAGCAAAGUUGAAAAAAAUACAUCUUCCUAAUUUCAUCAACGAACUCACUGUCGUUGACAUUGAUUUGGGCUCAGAAAUACCUGUACUAAGACGUAUCGGAUGUCCUUAUCUGGAUGCACAUGGUCUGUGGAUUGAAGUGGAUGUUGGUUAUGCUGGCGGAUUCUCAUUCGCUUUGGAAACAAGUGUUAAUUUAAUGAGAUGGAAUCAAAAACUUCGUGAAGAAAAAGAUAUUAACUAUUCAUCAGAUAAUUUUGCUCAAAAUUCACUAUCCAAUGAAUCUCUGCCAAAAGUUAAUUCUCGUUCGAUAACAAAAAUGGCCGCUUACUUAUCCGAUGAAGAGGACAGUGCUGAUUCAACAACUGACUCUGAAUUAGAUGAAAUGACUAACAUUAGUCAAAAUUCCAGUCCUAUAAAUAGUUUACGAACUGGGCGUAACUUACCAUCCACUGGAUUAAUCUUAGGUGGAAUAAAAUCCGGUGAUAAUGAACGUGGAAACCCUGAAGACAACAGUCCAGUAAAUUUACAACCUGUCUUACCGUCUCGUCGAAGAAUUAUACGUAUUGUUGAUCGUAUCACCAAAUCCUCAUAUUUUCAAAGAGCCGUUGAUACAAAACUAGUCCAGCGUGGUAUGGAACGUUUGUCAAACACACCAAUUAUAUUACAAGUUGAGAUACAAAUGUUAAGUGGGACACUUUUAGUCAAUAUCCCUCCACCACCCAGUGAUCGUCUGUGGUAUGGUUUUCGUCCUGUACCUAAUAUACGACUUAAAGCACGCCCUCGUGUUGGAGAAAAAGUUGUUACAAUGUCACGUAUAUUGGAAUGGAUUGAGAGAAAAAUGAUUCUCGAAUUUCAGCAUUUAGUUGUUUUACCGAAUAUGGAUGAUUUGAAAGUUGGGCUACUUUUAUCCGAUACUACAUCAGCAACGUAAAAAAUAUGACACUAAUUAUAAUCAAUGAUAUCAAAAUGGCUGGAGGAUUCGCUUUUAAUGAUCCCUAAUCAUUAUUACAAAGGGUUCCUAUGAAUACUGAUGUGAUCUAUGUGUUUCUAAUAUUAUCCCUUCUGGUCUGCUUUUCUCUGUUGUAUACGUUGUUAGUAUAUUGUAUUUUAUACAACUGCACUCACUCUAUCCUAUAUUUUAGCCUAUUAAAUUCAAAUGAAUCUAAACAUGACUUCUUUUUGUCACAUUUUCUAUCCUUCCUUUUUUCGUAAAUGUUCACAUAUAUUUGUCGGAGUGAAUAUGAAAUGAAUAAUACAUAACCAAUAAUCCCCAUUGGGAACAAUUUGGUGUUCCUUAUUCUUGAUGAUAUCUUGGGCACCUCUGUGAUCAGCAGUUUGUUUCCGUUUUAUACAAUUUCUUCGUUGUAUCGAAACUCAUGAUGGAUGAAGACUGGAUAUUAUAUAUAUAUAUUCCAAUUGUUGAAUAUUUAUUUUACACAGAAUGUAUGGACAGUUUUGUUAAGUGGAUUUAUUACCUAUAAUAUAUUGAAAAUCGGAACAACCUUUCAUUUCAUAUGUGGUUAGCAAUUUUAUUACUAUUCUUUUGGUUCUAUUUACCUAACUUUUUUUCUAUUGGGUGCUUUGAAUAAAUAGACCUGACAAUUGUUCUCAGUAUGUAGUGUUGCCGUCUUUGUAAGUACUUUUACUACUGUAAAACACAACAAUAGGCAGAACGUAUGUAUAUUUAUUGCGAGAAGUUACAAAGUAUUUGCAUAAUACAUAUAUAUAGUCUUCAGUCGUCUAUUU